AUGACAGGUUCAUUUCGCUCCGAGCCAGAACCUCUCUUCGUGACUGAGACCAACACUCGGACACUGGAAGAUACGCCUAACGGAUUUCCAAGGCUUGCAGCAUUCCAAGCUAGCGACACAAAUUUUGCAUUAUAUCGCAGUUUCAGCUACCUGCAUUCACGUGUGCUGCUCGAUUUGCAGGAUGAGAUCACCUGUUUGGAAAGAGAACUUGAUGACAUUGACGAAGUGGAUGAUGAAGUGGAUUCUCGUCGUCUGAAGUCCAGGGACUACGACAUACAGCAGCCUACCGGCGAAGGAGCUGAUCGCAGCCGUCGAGUCAUACUUGGCGAGAUCAAAGCUAAACUGAUCGAAUACGAUGAGGUGCUCAUAAAGGCAAGAGAGCUCCAGUCUUUCCAAAGGCCCUCAGAUCGCAACUACCGCAGUGUGCGACGCUACUGCUUCAAGAAGAAGCCGCUCAUGGAUGAUGUACUUGACUCUAUCCGCACAAAAGAAGACAUAGUCACCAUCCAUAAUGGUCGUGAGUGGGCGAGUUUCGAUGGUGGCGUAGAGACGAUGAUAGGGCAAACAGACCGCUUCCUUCAGAAAGUCUUCAACACAGAGAACCCCCCGCUACAGAAAUACUUCCGAACCCCAGAAGCGCAAAAGAAGACCAGCGAUUCCGACAUCUCCUACUACAGCAGCUCUCGCGUCGACAAACUGGUCAACAUCCUCAUCACCUUCAUCAUAUUCUGUCUCCUCGUGGUACCAGUCAUCACCAUGUACCAGUUGACGAACACUGCCGCCCAUAUUGAGACCGACCCAUCAGGCAAAACUUCCGCCCAGAGUCAAGUGGACAUUAACAAGCGAGAUACAUUCAACGCAGUUGGUGUGCUCAUAGUAUUCACAUUGCUGUUCAGUGCUGCGAUGAGUCUGCUGACCAAGGCGGCAAGGCAUGAACUGUUCGCGGCGUCUGCAGCCUACUGUGCGAUCUUGGUUGUGUUCAUUGGGAAUUUCACUGGGCCUGGCAAUUGA